AUGUUAGGUUUAGCAACUGAGGGGCUCGCCUCAACUUUGAGUACACUUAAAUGGCAAUCAACAAAUGUCCAGGCGCUGGGCGGGGGCGGGUGCGGGGGCGGGCGCGGGGGCGGGCGCGGGGGCGGGCGCGGGGCGGGCGCGGGCGGAGGGGAGCUGGGCCAAACUGCAAGUAAUUUAUGGGCCGCGCGGGAAAUUACCGCGUGGACUCACACG